UACUUGUAGCUACUGUAUUAACCUGUGGAACGCAUGGCCGAAACCGUAGUUACAGACCCAGGGUCUAUUGUAGUGGAGACACGGCUCGCAACGGGUCCUCUGUAUUGGGUACGAAGUGUGACAGGAUCUAGCCGCUCCGGGUUGCUCAAGAUGGCGUCUUCCUUGAGACUUUUACGGGAGAAGUUUAAGUCGGCUCUGGGAAUUUCGCGGGAGGAGGACACCAAAACAAUCGUGGACAAGGAAGAAAUCGACGAGACAAUACAUGACCCGACCCCAAGUGUAGGCGAAGCGACACCUAGCGGCAGGAGGCCGCGAUGGCAGCUUGUCUUCCUCAGCGCUACCGUCUGUGGGAUCGAGUUGUGCUACGCCGCAGAAACAGCCUACGUCAGCCCUACUCUCCUCAACAUCGGAGUCCCCGAGAGGUUUAUGACACUAGCGUGGUGUCUGAGCCCGCUGCUCGGGUUCUUUCUCACCCCCCUACUCGGCUCGGCUAGCGACACCUGCCGCGCAAAGCUGGGACGGCGCCGCCCCUUCAUUCUCCUGCUGUCAGCGGGGAUAGUGACCGGGCUAGUUCUCGUUCCAAACGGUAGGGAUAUCGGCGUCGCCCUCGGUGACUCGAAAGACGGACAUUUAGACGGGCAUAACAUCACCCUACCGACACCCCCACCCAUAGAGAACACGACUCAAGCCGACAACGUCACAACAGCUGCAACAGAGUUGCCACCGACUGCCGACUACCCGACAAGCACCACGUCCGGAAACGCGUCAGACCAGUGGGUUGACAUCACUUCCCCCGACCAUCACGCCUGGGGUGUGGUGUUCACUGUGGUAGGCGUGGUUCUGCUGGACUUCAGCUGUGACGCCUGUCAGUCUCCCUGUCGUGCUUACCUCCUAGACGUGUGCGUACCAGAAGACCACGCUAUCGGACUCACCACUUUUACUAUCAUGGCCGGCUUCGGGGGAGCAGUCGGGUAUCUCGUAGGAGGACUGAACUGGGAGAACAUUGAGAUCGGUCGGCAACUAGGCGGACAUGUAAGAGUCGUCUUCCUUGUCGUGCUAGUACUCUUCGUGAUCGGGGUGUCCCUGACAGUCACCACGGCGAAAGAAACGCCGCUGCCAGAGCUUCUUCGCAAGGAGAAGAAGAAAGAGAGAAAAGAUGGCGGCGGGUACCAGUCGUGUCACGACGAGGCAGCAACGGAAACGGAAAUGACGAAACUCUCCGACGGGUAUCAGAAAAUCGGCGGGAAAAACACUGAAGAAAAAGACGACCAACAACAACAACAACAAGAGAAGAAGAAAAUCGUCUCGUACCAAGAGAACUCCGUCAUCAACGGUGACAUCAUCGGCAACGCCGACGGGCAACAUCCGGGACAUGCCGUUACCAUGGAAACAACAGACGACAACGACGACUACGACCUUCAGGAGCCGACCCUCAAGACCUACCUGCUGUCCAUCAUCUACAUGCCCAAGUGUUUGAGAAUACUCUGCCUGACCAACUACCUGAACUGGAUGGCCCUGGUGAGCUACUCGCUCUACUUCACGGACUUUGUCGGGCAGGCGGUGUACGGGGGCGACCCGCGGGCCCCGUCCGGGUCCCCGGCAAGGGAGCUGUAUGACGAGGGCGUGCGCAUGGGCAGCUGCGGCAUGGCGGUGUACUCACUCACCUGCUCCCUCUACUCCAUGGUGGUCGAGCAACUCAUCUCACGAAUAGGCGCCCGAGCUGUCUACAUGGCUGGCCAGAUGACGCACUGCUGUGGCAUGCUGGCCAUGGGGCUGAUCCGGCAGCGGUGGGCUGUCAUCGUGCUGUCCUGCGCUGCCGGCGUGCUGUACGCCACCAUCUUCACCAUCCCCUUCAUCCUGGUGGCCAGCUACCACUCCCAGGGCCUGUUUGACCAGAUCCGGGAGUCCGGAGGCAGGAAGAGCUACAUCCGGGGCCUGGGAACAGACGUGGCUCUGGUCAGCAGCAUGGUGUUCUUCGCGCAGCUGACCCUGUCGUCCUUCAUCGGGUCCCUGGUCUCAGCGGUCAACUCCACCGUCGCCGUCAUGGUGACGUCAUCCAUUCUCAGCUUCCUGGCGUCGGUGGCCGCCAGCAGGGUGACGUAUCUAGGCUUGUGACGUCACCGUGUGACGUAAACUGCCGGUUAUGGGUUUGUCAUCAUGUAUACUAGCGUUAUAUAGAUGUUAAGUGGCUAUAUUGAGGUAGGAUUUGCGCUAAAUUGGAAUGUUCCUAUAUCUUGACAAGAAAAGUUGUCUGAAUCCGGGUGACGUGUCUAGGCUUGUGACGUCAUUAUGACGUCGACAUUUGAGGCAAACUGUCAUUUUGUGAUCAUGUAUUAGCGUUAUUCAAAUGUUAAGUGGCUAUGUUGAAAACAAGUAGGAUUUGCGCUAAAAGGAAUGGUUCUAUAGCUCUUAUAUCUUCACAAGUAAAUAUGUCUGAUUCCGGAUAGGCUUGUGACGUCACUGUGUGACGUCAUCACUUGAGGCAAACUGUUGGUACUGAUUUGUGAACAUGUAUACUAACGUUAUUUUAAUGUUAAGUGGCUAUACUGAAAAGAAGUGAAAUUUGUGCUAAAAUUGAGUGUUCUUAUAGAUCUUCUAUCUUGACAAGAAAAGUUGUCCGAAUCAAGAAAAGAAUCCGGGUGAGGUGUCUAGGCUUGUGUGACGUCACACUUGAGACAAACUGUUGAUUAUAAAUUUGUGAUUAUGUAUAGUAGCGUUAUUUAGAUGUUAAAUGGUUAUAUUGAAAAAGAGUAAAAUUUGUGCUAAAAUUGAAUGUUCUUAUAUAGUCUUCAUGACAAGAAAAGUUGUCCAAUUCCGGCUUAUAAAUGUUUGUAUAGUAUUACGAAAUACGUUGCAACACCAAAGAUCAUU